UUUUUGUAAUAAAGAUUUUAUGUCAUCUUCGUUGGUUCUUUCGCGUUGUCUUUCGUCCGGCGCGAUAAGUUGUACAAAGGAUAAAUAUCGAAUAGAUAUCUUUAGAAAGCCUGACCUUAUUGGUAUUUGAUCAAUAUAUCUUAUAUUAUCAGGACACGCUAUCUUUUAGAAAUACAUAUGAACAAAACGAACACCUUGGAUCUUUCAGUAGACGAACAAUGGCUUUCAGUUUAUUCCGCGGAUGUUUAUUACUCUCUAGGGAGUAAUGUAGAUAUAAAAGGGAUAAGGAUAUCACAGCCGAGGGUCAUAUCGAUACUAACUCAACGUCUCAGUGAGUCAAACUGAAAUUGUUCUAGUUAGUUAGGUCAGCGUCAUUUAGUCAGUCAGCGUCCAGUCAGCAAUCAGCUCUCGUCGCUGACACGUCGAGAUGGAGUAUCGCAGUUUCUCCGUUGCGUUCUUUUUAUUCCUGGCAUUUCAACUAACUGCAUCCCUGCUGCUAUUUAAACAAUUGGAAGAGUCAGACUAUAAAUACGAGAUAAAGACCAUUGAACUUCCCGUGGACCACUUCAGUUUUGCUGUAAACAAUACGUUUAAGCUACGAUAUCUCGUUAACGAUACUUGGCAAAGGGCGCAAGACUCGCCGAUUUUCUUCUAUACCGGAAAUGAGGGAUCCAUUGAACUGUUUGCCAAAAAUUCGGGCUUCAUGUGGGACAUCGCCAUAGAAUUUGGAGCCGUCUUGAUUUUCGCUGAACAUCGUUAUUACGGGGAGUCUCAGCCCUUCGGCAACCGAUCUUUCUCAGACCCGAAAUACUUGGGGUAUCUGACCUCUCAGCAAGCUUUGGCGGAUUACGUUGAUUUAAUCCGUUAUUUAAGGAGUGACCCCAGGAAACGGGAGAGUCCCGUGAUCGCAUUUGGCGGCUCCUAUGGAGGAAUGCUCAGUGCCUGGAUUCGCAUGAAAUAUCCUCAUAUCGUGCAAGGAGCGAUUGCAGCAUCCGCACCGAUACUGUACUUUCCGGAAGUGGUAUCCUGUGGGGCAUUCUUGAAGAUCGUUACUUCAGACUUCGGUGCAGCUAAUAGCGCGUGUCCCAAGUUAAUCCGAAAAUCUUGGUCGGAGAUUACGAGUCUCGGCUCGACAGCCGAGGGACGAAAAUGGCUGACUGAAAAUUGGAAGCUCUGCGAGCCGCUAAAUAAUACGACCCAAGUGGAAGGUUUAAAAUCCUGGCUGAACGAUGUUUAUGGGAAUUUGGCAAUGGUUAAUUAUCCCUACGAAUCGAAUUUCCUGAUGCCUCUACCUGCUUAUCCCGUUUCGGCCGUUUGCGAGCAUCUGACGAAUUUAACUCUUACUGGGAAGCCUCUUUUGGAGUCGCUGUACAGAUCAAUUAAUACGUACGCAAAUUAUACAGGAAAAGCAACUUGUUUAAGCACGGAUGAGUCCGCAGAAAAUCUCGAUUCGCAUGGGUGGGAAUAUCAGUCAUGCACGGAAAUGGUAAUGCCUACAUGCUCCGAUGGUGAAAAUGAUAUGUUCGAGCCAAAUAAAUGGGAUUUUAAAAAAUUCAGCGACGACUGCUAUGCAACUUACAAGGUUCGCCCUCAGUCGUACUUAGCAUGCCAGGAAUAUGGAUGCGACAGUCUUUGGACAGCGACAAACAUUGUAUUCAGUAAUGGCUUGCUGGAUCCCUGGACAAGUGGGGGAGUUUUGAGAAAUGUCUCUUCAUCGGCUAUAGCUGUAAUAAUACCGGAAGGUGCUCAUCAUUUGGAUUUAAGGGGUAGGAACCCUAAUGACCCAUACAGUGUAAUCCAAGCCAGAAAGUUCCAUCGCUAUUCCAUCAGAAAAUGGAUUAGACAACAUCGUGAAAAUCAGAUGUCGAGACGGGUUCAGAUCAAGAUGUACACGUAGAGGCGCCUGAAUAAUGGCAUCGCCUGCUCGAGGACAAUUCCGAAGGCGCAAACUUUGAAGAACCGAGCGCCAAUUUGAAGAAACAAUCAUUUAGCACGAAAGCCCGCGCAAGGGCGAGUCAUACAAUGGCGAAGUAGCCGAGCCGCCCCUCUCGAUGCAGUGUUCUCCUCCCCGGCCUGUUUUCUGCACCCCAACCCCGAAAAUAUCCAAAGCCGAGGAGGCUCGCUGAAAGCGGGGCAGCUGACGGUCGUAACAAUGCAUUCUUCCCUGACGAGGAAGUUACGCAUCGCGGGACUAUAGCCAACCAUAAUCAGCCAUAGCGAGCGUUUCGAGCUGGAUAUUAGAUAGCGAUUUUUCUUGCGUUAAAUCCCAAUCGUUCGGAAAAAAAUACGACUCGCCUGAAAUAGGAAACGGACACGAAAAUCUAAUUUGUAAAAAUCUGUAAAAAUGUCAACCAAGGUGGUUACACCGGUAACGACAAAUCCCAGCGAUUCGUAGCCCGAGUUAAAUCGAAUUGUAUUUGAAUUUGUACGUAUCGGUUUGCACGGAGUCAUAGCGAAGAUUUAUUGUUACGUACGUAGCCACCUUGGAAGGCGCGUCGUCGGGUAUCCCAGGAACAGGAAAAACUUCCGAAGAAGCGAUUUCUAAAGGGAACGAUUGUAGGUUGCGCGAUCUCUUCUGGGAUAAACUCUGUUAAACGGUGCGCAGGAGGGCUCGGUGGCACGAAGAAUAGAAUACGCCUUCGAAUAGAAAGGUAACGACACGCGUGGGUGGUAAGUCAGGGUUCCGACUUUCAUAAGGGAAUGGAGCCAUUUUAGGUCGGAUGGAACGCGGCCCUAAAUUCUGGGAACAUCGAGCUAGGCGUAACUUCUCUUUAAACGUAUCAAACGGGGACGUCUGAGAGCUACUUCGCUCAUAAUCCAAUUUCAUCCACUCUGCCCGGGAUAAAAAAGUUGUCGCGAAAGGUCGCAAAGCCUACCCUCCCGCGAUCCCUCCACGCCGAGACCCGGGGCGUUUUACACCCGGAGGGCGAUAAUUUCUGAAAAUCCUAAUUACGUUAAUCUACGUAGAGGAGCGAUUAGGUAGGGACUCCGCAUGCUCCCUGUACAGUUGAGGACGAAUUUGCGGUGAAAACGAAGUAUAGCCAGUAAUCGGAUAUCUUACACUCGGCGACCGUCUACCCGCCGAUGGAGUCGGCGGUCGGCUCGAUUCUCGAUCGAGGAUCUCGAGGGCGAUCGGCAAAUUCGACGGAACUUUCCCAUCCAUAGAAAAAAAGAGAAAAAAAAUUCAACGAACGAAAGAAAAAUAUCUUCAAUUCAAAGAACAAUGAUUCGUCUCAAACUCAAAUAAAUCGUCAUAAUCCCGAAGAAACGUGGCGUUUAGUUUACUCAGAAGUGAAAUAAUUACUUUUUGAAUUGACGUAAUAUUUAUAUGGUUCGAUGAGAUUUUAUUCUCGGGGAGGAGGUGCGUCGAUCGCGACUCCAAAAAGGCCGUCCUAUGGCGGGGAAAGGGUUAAGGUGGCGGCACCGAAAAUUGCGCCUUUUCUGCGGCUUCUCGAAGGUACCGGAUAGCGUCUCGAGCUUCCGGUGCCCGUGGGGUGACCCGGGAUGCCCCCGGUUCCCCCGGGACCCUCGACCGGGGCGUUAACGUCGACGGACUAUACGGAGCGCCUCCGGCACGCAUCCCUCGGAGCUACCUAUUCAUUCGGCAUAAUCCGGUAGUGCAACUCGUGUCGCUCGCGACAACUGCAUCCUCGUAGUAUCUUCGCAAAGGAUGAUUCGUCGGGCCAAAGAGGUCGACCCGGGUGCCGCGACCUCGUGACCCGGCCAAGUCGUCCUCCGUCCCCAGGGCGGAUAGUUGACUCGAGUAAAAGACCCCCCAGGGUUCAAUUAUUCGCGAAUCGGGAUUAAUUCGUGAUAUAAUGGUGUAACGGUGAAUCGUCUCCGAAGAGUUCGACCCGGGUACCGUGACCACGUGGCCCGGCGAAAUGUCUCGAUGCGGCUCGUCGGUUCGAGGACGAGACCACCUAGGAACCGAUUAAUCGUGAAUCCGAGCUAAUUAAAUAAAAAAUAAAAUUAAAAAAAAAA